AAAAAAAAAAAAAAUCCUGCAGCUGACAGGUUGGACAGCCACUGGUCCCGCUGCCCACGCUGGACUCCUCCAGAACCGCGCUGAGGAGGAGGGGGUUCCGGACCUGGGCUUGUCUCACUCAGCGGACCUGAGGAGACGGCUGGUUCACGCACCACACUCCUGUCUGCCACGGAGAUCUGGGAGCCACCUCAAGGUUCCGAGGAGAAACAGGACGGAUCCAUUAAACGGCUCGGUGUCAUCGGCAGAAGCAGGUCCGGAUCGUCGGUGAGGGGCUGGUCGAUGCACUGCAACUGCGCCUCUGUGGCGCGUUUGGUCAGGUGAAUCGCGCUCUCUAGUCUCCGCUCAACAUGCCCCGUGAGCAGCAGACCCACUGACCAGGAUGAGCGAGGGGCAGAGAGGAGGGGGGGUGACUGCGGCCCACACUGACGGAAGUCAUGUGUCUGGAUUCCUCCAGGACGACCCUGUCUUUGAGAAGGAGUACCUGCUGGACGGACGGCUGAUGGCAAACUGCCGCGUCGGUCCUGCGACUGGAAACGGCUCAGCUAAAAGUGACCUGCUCCCUGGUGCUGACGCAGGUGCUGAGCGGCACUGUAGCCAGAUCCACAAUGGCGCCAGACCCAAGCAAGAAAACCAUCAGUCGUCGCAAAAGAAAGCGGCGCCGGACUUGGUCAUCGAGGUGGGCGGUCAGACCAUCAACGCUCACAAGUCCGUUCUGGCCGAGAAGAGCGACUACUUCAAGGCCCGGGUCUCUCGAGACAUCCUCAAGGUCAAGGGGGUCAGCUACAAGACCCUGUCCACUUUGAUCGACUAUAUCUACAACGGCAGCAUGAACGUUUCCAAGGACAACGUGGUGGAGGUCAUCACGGGGGCGAAGAUCCUCCAGAUCCCCUGCGCGGUGCAGGUGGCCAUGGAGCGCAUGUCGGAGCAGGUCACGGCCGAUAACUGCUACGAGAUCUUAACCAUUGCGAAGAAGCAGCGACUGAACGAGUUGAAGGAAACGGCUUAUGGGUUCAUGAGCGACAACUUCCUGCAGGUGCUCAAGGACCCGGCGGUGUACGGUCGCCUGACGGGGUCGGAGCGCGAUCUUAUCCUGAAGAAAAGAAUGGAGGGGAGAAAGACCCUCAUGGCGGCCGAGAUCAACGACGUGUUUGAUCGCGUCGGGAGUCGGCCGCCGAGUCGCUGCAGCAGCCGACCCCAGAGCCCCUUGUCGGUGGGCUCCCUGGAGGAGAACCACAUGAUUUACUGCUUCAGUGAGACAGAGAACGACUGGCGGGCUCUGACAGCGAUGCCCGAGGACGUCAACACGAAAGGCUGUGGAAUCUGCACCAUGUUCAACUACCUGUUUGUUGCUGGUGGGAUUAAAGGUCACGGGGAGAAGGGGAAAGUCUCCGACAAGGUCUUCUGCUAUAACCCUAUAACCAACCGCUGGUCUGAGAUCCGAGCCAUGAGCCAGGCCCGGGCGCAGCUCAAGCUGGUGUCCAUGGAUGGGUACCUGUAUGCCAUCGGUGGGGAGUGUCUCUUCACCGUGGAGAAGUACGACCCUCGUAUGGACCGCUGGACCUCAGUGGCCCCUUUGCCCAAAGGAGCCUUCGCUGUCGCUCAUGAGGCGACGACAUGCAGCGGAGAACUCUACGUGUCGGGCGGCUCCCUCUUCUACCGGCUUCUCAGGUACGACCUGAAGCGGGACGAGUGGCAGGAGUGCCCGUACAACAACAGCAGGAAGAAAUCCACCGACAUGGUGGCGCUGAAGAGCUUCCUCUACCGCUUCGACGUGAGCCGCGAGCAGGGCAUCACCGUCUUCAAGUACAACACCAUCGUGAAAAUGUGGCACGACUGCGCCUCCCAGAGGCUCGGGAGUUCCCUCCCCUUCCGCUGCGUGGUGAUGGACAACUGCAUCUACUGCGUGAACAAAAGCCAGACUCUGGUGUUCGUGGUGGAGGAGGACGGCGCCUACUUCGUGGAGGAGCCGCUGAAGGCUCCUGUGGAAGCUAAAGGAGUUCUCUUCCCCUUCGUGCUCACGCUGCGUGAGAAGGCUGAGAAGGUCACAUAAGAGUUGGACUCGGUUCCCGCUGUUCGCUUUGGAUCUCAUCGCCUGUUUACAAUGGAAUGUGUUUGCAUGUGUAACAGGAUUAAGCCUUAAAAAAACUGCUGACUUCACAAAAACUUGCUCAGUCCCUUCAGGAUUUUGCUGCAGUACUGAAGAGCUAGACUAUAGAGGCAGAAUCGGUCUGCAGUCCAGUCCACCAUCCCUUAACUUGCAAACAGAACCAAGAGCGCCACCAGGUACAGUUAAGAAACACAGUCAGAAAGGUCCCUCUGAGCGGUUCCCCAAGUUCAUUUGCACAUUUUAUCUGCACAAGGUGAAGAUGCCUUGCUGUUUAACUGUUUAUCUUACUAUAAACGUAACUGCAGUAAAACUGUAGCUGUUAUACAAUUUAAAUUCAAGUCGACUUCCUCUCUGCGCACUGAAUCAUGGAAUGACAGCGAAAUCUUGAGGCGACUGACUUGUGAGUGGUGAACCUCCAGUGUUGUGGUGUACUUUUCCACGCCAACAUGACAAGGACCUGACCGGUGUUGCGGCUGUUAGAAAGUGCCCGCUUUGCGCCCCAGAAGAAGGCGUCCAUGCAGAGCAGCGUCGCUGACUUCAGUCUCCCACAGUGUUUCUGGGGGAACUCGUUCUGAGGGCCUCCUCCCACUUGAACACCUCACUAGAGAGGCAUCCAAGAGACAUCCUGACAAGAUGCCAGAGCCAUCGCAAAGGGCUUCUUUACUAUGAGUCUCUCCUUCAGUAAGAAAAAACUCAUUUGUAUCCCUGAUUUUUUUCGGUCUCUAGAUACUGUCUUUUGGCUCAGCUCUUUCUUUGACCGAUCUGUCCUUCCAUCUCUGUCCUUCCCUCACUUGUGAACAAGAUACUUCUCCACCUAGUGGACGAUCUCGGGCAUUAUAUUUUGCUCUAACAAAUGAUCUAUGCGACAACCAAAAUUCCCGACCUUACUGUCUUACUGACCUAAUUCUGUCACAUAAUCUAAUCUAAUCUGAUCUAAUCUAAUCUGAACUGUCAGGUGGGUGUGCUGCGGUGCUGUGGACAGCUGUUAAAAGUGCUUUCAGCUUUCACGUUCCAGCAGACAUCUUUCUUACUGUGCAACGUGGACAGUCUUCCUCAGCCUAUUUUUUUUAAAAGAGAAAGAUGUGGUGUCUCCCUGAUAGAAACUCUUCACUGGAGGGUUUCCAAAUGAUAAACCACAAACAUAUGAACCUUCGGAUCUUUGGCAAAUCGUGGCUACAAAUUUAGAGAAGCAUCACAAUCUGAAGCACAACAAGGUUUGGAGAUAAAAGCACAAUAACAAAGGUCCUAUUUGAAGCAUUUACCAAAGAUUUAAAGACAAAUGCCCCCAAUUUCUGUGAGAAAUGACUCAAUAUUUAACUUCAGAUCGGCUUUAAAAACCCUCCACAACUCCUGCUGUCAUGUUCUCUGAUGCUGUUAUUCGCUGCUGUUGUCAUAGUGAGAGAUUUAGAAAGGAGCUGAUGCUUUUCAUAAGAUUUGUAACGCAGUUCAGUUUUGUAUGGGGCUUUGGAUCUGCUGCUGUGAUGGACAGUGAAGUGAACGCUUUUAUUAUGCAAGUACAUGGAUGUGGGGAAUUCAAGCUGUUGGAUAACGUUUGAAAACAAGUGCUAUGAAUAAAAUAUUUUGUGUCCAAUAAGGGCGUUUUGCUUGACUCGCUUCAAGAAAUUGAGAAACACUGCCAUCUUGUGGAGAGGAAGUAUAACUACAGUCUGACGCCACGCCGUUUUCUGCUAAUAAAAAAGACACUAUCUAUUAUCUACGAAUCAAGCUUUGAAUUGGUGAUAUUUACGAUAAAGAAAAAACAUUAUUGGAAGUUCCGGAACUUAUUAACAAGUC